CACGCAGCCUUCACCAACAAUUUAGUUGCAUGUUAGCUGCUAAUCAAUAUUUCUUGUCUGGUGUGCCUGCUAAUGCUAGUUUAGAGCAAUUUCUUGUGCAACAGGGAACCCAUAACCACUUAGGGAUUGGUUUAAGUCAGACAGGUGGGGAUCCUAGUACUGGUCUUGCUCCGCCUCCUGCUUUGCAUUCUUCUCACUCACAUGGCCACUCCACUCCCCAGUCACAGCAGGCUCCACAGCAGCCUCCCCAGCAGCAACAACUUCCGCCUCACACCCUCUCUCAUCCUCACUCUCAUUCUCAUCCUCACCACCCGCUUCACCCAGGCUCCCAGCCAUCACUGGGUGGCUUUGACUUCCAGGGUAUCCCUGUACUGUCAUCAAAUCAGAUAGCUUCUUUGAUGCAACAAGAAGCAGGUUUGCCCCUCCCUUUGCCACUUCAUUUAUCCUUAUCUAAGGAUGAUGGCAAAGGGGAAAGCAGUGGAGGUGGAAGUAGUGGCAGUGGCAGCAGUAGCAGCAGAAGGAAGAAAGCAAUGGCAGGAUAUUUGCCACAAAGAAAAUCUGAUGGCACUAGUAAUAGUAGCAGCAACCAUUGCCACAGUGGUAAUCCAAGCACUAGUAGUAAUGGUGCAGGUUUAAGUCAUGGCCAGCCCCCUGCUUUAAUUGGGAGUGGGGUUGGUAUGUCAAAUAUGGGUGGCGACCCAUCAUCCCUUCUUGCCUCAUCAUCUUCAUCCUCAUCAGUAGUAUCCUCCUCCUCCUCCUCUGCUCCCUCUUCCACUGCUGCCUCAGUACUGGUUACUAAUGAUUCUCACCUUUCUAAAUCUGAUAACCAGAGCUCAAUGCAACCCAAUCCCACAGGGUCUGAUCCAGAGCCUUCUUAUAAUUGUGGAGAUUGUGGCAAAAGCUUCCCUCAACUUUCAAGCCUUCGCAGGCAUAUGCGCAUGCAUGAGCCAACCACAGCAGGUACUAGCAAUACUUCCGGUACUGGCCCAAACCCUGUUCAUAUAAAACCACAGCCUGACCCAAGCCUUCCCCAUUCGACCCAAGAAACCCCCAACCCUCAUCUAAUUCCUGUCCUAGCCCCGACAAAAUAUUUCAUUGCCCAGAUUGUGGCAAAGGCUUUAAGAAAAAAGGGCACCUCCUGCAACAUGGUGUUAUACACUCUUCAGCCCGCCCAUAUGGCUGUUCCACCUGCUCACGGGCUUUUAAUCGUAGAGAGUCACUGA